UAUUCUUAUUCCGCUGGAUAAGAACGCAGGAAGGAAGGGCGUCCUCCAACUACAAGUCCCAGAGAGCGGCGGAGGCUCGGACCCCCCGGACUGUUUGAACUGGGUUCCCGAGGAGAGGCCCGUUCAGCCGGAGCAUCGGCACCGCGAACAUGGCGGCCAAGGGGGAGGAUGUAGUGAGGAUCGCCAAGAAACUGGAUAAGAUGGUGGCAAAGAAAAGCACGGAUGGUUCUUUGGAUCUGCUGAAGGAGCUUAAGAGCAUGUCCGUGACUCUGGACCUGCUGCAGUCCACUAGGAUAGGGAUGUCUGUGAAUGCUCUGAGGAAGCAAAGCAACGAUGCAGAGGUCAUCGCUUUGUCCAAGUCUCUCAUCAAGUCUUGGAAGAAGCUGCUUGACAGCUCAGAGCAGCAAGGGAAAGACAAAUGUCAGCCUUCUACACCUCCCACUUCAUCCAAGGAGUCCAGUUCAGUGAAAAAGACGGAAGCCCCGAAGACUCCGGUGACCCCAAAGAUGACUUGUUUCCCCCCUCUUCCUGUCACUUCGGACUCUGUGCGUACAAAGUGUCGAGAAAUGCUGAAGGCUGCUUUGCAAACAGAUGGGGAUCACAUUGCGAUCGGUUCUGACUGCGAUUUGAUAGCGGCGCAGAUAGAGGAAGUGGUGUAUGGGGAAGUUCAAAAUACAGAUAUGAAAUACAAAAACCGGAUUCGGAGCCGAAUUGCUAAUCUUAAGGACUCUAAGAAUCCAGAUUUGAGGAAGAACGUGUUAUGCGGAGCGAUUACUCCAGAACAGAUUGCAGUAAUGAGCUCAGAGGAAAUGGCCAGUAACGAGCUGAAGGAGAUGAGGAAAGCUAUGACCAAGGCAGCUAUACAGGAACACCAGAUGGCGAAGACCGGAGGGACGCAAACCGACCUGUUUUCGUGCGGCAAAUGCAAAAAGAAGAAUUGCACUUAUACACAGGUGCAGACACGCAGCGCAGAUGAACCAAUGACCACUUUUGUGGUCUGUAACGAAUGUGGGAACCGAUGGAAGUUUUGUUAAGGAUGUCCCCAUUCAACCAAGCGGACCGAACCCCCAACGAACGCAUGAGACUCAGCCCGGCGUGAACCCAUCCUAAUACAUGCUCCCUCUCAUAUUAUGUUUUUUUUCUAUUUUAUGCAGUUUGUUCAGAAUUCCAUAUUUAUUUUUGUUUAGAUAUAUAUUUUUUUGCCAUUUUUAUAUAUUGUUUGUUUGUUUGUUGAGCCCUUGCUAGUUAGCAGAAGGCUCUGUAUAAGUGUGAAUUGAAAGAUCAAAGGCUGGUUAAUAAGCAGUGUGUGAAGGUUUCAUAUCUCGAUAAUCGCUAUUGGGAAGAUUGGUCAGUACUAGACUUUUUGGCUAAAGUGACAUUUCUGCCGAAGAAUGAAUAAACUGCUUUUUGUUACUA